CAACAAGUACCUUGGUCAAAUGAACCAGGAAUUGAAAGGGCGCCAGUCGGUUCGGCACCUCCCUCGCAGCAACCUACCUUGCAGUCGGACGCUUUGGACGUAAUGCGCACAUGUUUGUCGCGUGAAAUUGGAAGCACGGAAUUUUCAACCCCGCUCUAUGCAAUGGUUGCAAGAGGAACGCCGUUAUCAAGUGUCACUCUGCAGGAGACGCUCCACCAUUGUAGGCAAGUAACUCAGUUCGAUCUACAGGAUCUGUCUAGAUUGGUGCAGAGCGCCGAGCGCUCUAGGCAUGGUAUUUCUUUAUUUGAUAACAUCGAAACAACGCGGCUCUUGGUAGAAAACGCGAUAUCCAACCGCGUGCUGGUUAAUCUUCUGCUAACAAAGAACAGAGAUCUCGAGUCUCAAAUCCAUGUACUGCGACAGAUCUGCAACAAGCUUACUAGCGGAAUCAGCGAGUCCUCUUCCACCAUAAGCUUCAGCCCUGAUAAUCUCAAGAAACAGCACAUAAUCAAGCGUAGUUCACCAUUCAAGGAACUAAACCUCAACGAGCUUCUCGCCGGCUACACAGCUCCGAGUAGAGUCAAACACAAGACUUCGCUCGUCAUCAAUGACUUUUCACGUGUGAUCUUCAGACAGGUUUGUGGACCAGAUCCCUCAGAUAUAUGGAAUUUUGCUCAUCGUACAUCUAAUGUAUCGCGCAAGCCGGAUUUACAAGAUCUGCCUGAGUCCAUAGUUAUCACACUCAACGAUUUCGUAUUGGAUGCGCUUAGCCUCGGCAACGAGGAUUUGGAGGGAUACAGAUUGAAUUCGAUAAGAAGCUUGCGCACUAGUUACUGGAUCUCUCUGGGUACAUCCGAUGAAGAACGCGAGAAAAAGUUCAACUAUCUGCUGGAGCAAAAAACUUUCUACUGCGGCCAAAUCAGGACCUGUAUCGCAGAAGCACUCGAGGAUGUCCGUUAUUAUCGCCUCGACAAGGGAAAACUUGUGCCUUCAAAGGUUCAAACUUAG